CCACAUUACAACAGCGACUACGCGCAUUGAAAUCGCCAAAAUGGUCAGCAUCGCAAGAAGCUGGGGUCAACUCUAGCAGAAGUGAUUCGAUUUGGCGACCGAGCUUGGUCACUCGCAGGUUCCGACCAUUCUGAGAAAAUGUUCUUGGUAACUGACAGGUUUCUUCUAGUGGCCUAGGUCACCUAGGGCACACAGGUUUAUCCCUUCACCUAGACUAGGUGACGGGAUAGAUGCAACUUUCAGCCCGGGGGGAUGGUUAUUGCCGGAGUAGUGAGCCAAUAGCACAGUAUAGAGAAUUCUCGGCAGUAUCACGUCCUCAACCUCCUCACAGAGAGAUUGGUUCUACUCGGACCUCCUUGAAUUCUUAGGUCACUAUCAUUACUGCCUCAUAUAUGGUGGUGUGAACGCCUCAGACGAAUAUGAUGUUCGAAUACGAAAUUUAAUUAAACAGGUUUUACAGCUUGCAAAUCCUGUUUCAUUAAAUUUUGUAAUACGAAGUAAUUCCGUAUUAUGUGCCGGCAUGUCAUGUACACUAUGAUUCAUAGUGAGACUCUGGCGACUAAUACCCCUUGGAGUGGUUGUUUUUCAUCCUCUCCUCGUUCAUCAGUCAUUGUACUAUUACGGAUUGUAUAGUGAAUUAUACUGGAUAUAUAAACACAAGUGUUCUUUGGUGUUUCAUUUUUGAUCCAUAGAUAUCGCUAUGCCUUUCAAAGCAUCCCCAUCCGGUGAUGUUUUAUCUUCCGAAGUAGGUGAUGUCGAAAACGGCAAGGAAAAGACAAAAGUCCAGGCUAAGGUGGACAUAUCUUUGCUCAUUCAGUUCGUGAUACUGGGGUUUGUAGCGUUAGCCCCAUGGAACUUUGUGCUUGCUGAUAUCGAUUAUCUCGACAGGAAGUUUGGUCAUCACUUCGCCGCUACCACUCCUAUCUUUUACUCGAUCGCCGUCAACUUUGCACAGAUGCUCCUAAUUUGGGUCGGAAACAAGUUUACAUUCGCACCGCGUUUCGAUUGGGGUUGCAUCAUUCUGUCAAUCUUCAACAUCUUGUUGGCUGUUGUCGCUAUGUUGAUCGGCAAUGGUAACCCUGUCGAUGAUGCUGGUCUCGGUUAUGGUCUCGGUUUAUGUUGUGUCUUCCUACUUGGUUUUGGUCAUGCCGUCAUGGAAUCCUCCUCGUUUGGUCUAGCUGCAUUAUGCCCUCAAUCGUGUAUGAUUGCUGUCAUGACUGGCGAGGGCAUUGCCGGUCUCGUUGGUUGGCCUCUGAACAUGCUUCUACAAGUUAUAAUGGAAGCUGGUAAUGUGCCACGAAGAGAGGAAUGGCAAUGCCUGGUAUUCUUCUGUGUUACCUCUGCUAUUACCAUGUUCAUUGUUCCAAUGUUCCGUGUAUGGACUUCGAAACAUCCCUUCAUGGCUGAGGUCUUGAAGAUCGAGGCGAAGAGGUCCAAGGAGACUUUGACACAUCGUCAGACUAGACGACCUGUGUGGGCGAUCGUUAAAGAUGUGGCGCCUAUGGCGUUCUGUGCUUGGUGCAGUCUGGGCGUCACCUUCGUCGUUUUCCCUGCUCAAGUUGUCUUGUGGCGAUCCCAGGAUCCUAACAAUGAUGGUUUUGUGCCGCAGGUCAUCUAUACUUUCCAAGUGGUCGAUACUGUUGGGCGAUUCUUACCUAGCUUUGGUAUCUCCAUGCCGAACUUGCUCCUUGCGUGCUUCGUACUUGGGAGAAGUAUCUUCAUCCCGUUAUUCAUUUGCACGAGUCUCUAUCCUACUGUUAAGCCUUUCUAUUGGGAUUGGUUCAAGCAUGUGGACAUGGCUCUCUUUGCUUUGACUAAUGGGAUGGGCUGUACCAUUUCGAUGGUUAAGGGUCCUUCUCGUGUAAGUCAGGAUAAGGCCGAGCAAGAGGUUGCAGGGUAUACCAUGGCCUUCGCUUUGAUCUUUGGUAUUUUGUGCGGCAGCGUGUUCGGCCUUUGUGCUCAUAUUGGCUUGGGUCAGUAGGCAUUUUAAUGUUAUGUCGUGUCUCUCGACUUAUUGAUCUGUAUCAAUCGUCAGCGCUUCAGUUGUAUCUUGACUCAGUAGUCCUGUAUGGAUCUCAUGCUUAUUUUAUUCUGUUCAUGUGUCAUACAGAUGAGAAGUAUUUAUCUUAUUCAAUGUGAUCAGGCCCCAUGUCAAUAUCUUGUCCCUGUGCAUUAUGUUGCUAGGCCGAAUCUGUGCGACGUUGUUGAGGUCUAUUACCUGGGAUCGGUUGCUCCCGACUCUAGUUCGAUCUCGAUUGUGCCAACUGUUUGCUAUGGUCACAGUGUUGGUCGAUUCAGUGUCCAAUCUGAAUAAGGUUUUGUCUAAGGUCGUCCUUGUCUUCACUAGUCACAAAAAGUCACGACAGUGUCUAAUCUCGUGGUUAUGAAGAAAUCAUCUUAUUGUGAUGUACCCGGUU